CCCCAACCCUUACAUUUGUAAUGGAUGGUGAAAUGCCCUAUUAUUUGCUUGCAAAGGAUUUAAUUUUACAAAUAAUUGGUGAAAUAUCUGUGGCUGGUGCAACAUAUAAAUCUAUGGAGUUCGUUGGCUCAACUGUUGAAAGUUUAACUAUGGAAGAGCACAUGACACUAUGCAAUAUGGUUGUUGAAGCUGGGGAAAAGAAUGGUGUGGUCCCUCCUGAUACUACAACAUUUAAGCAUCUCGAGGAUAAGACAUCUGCUCCCUACGAACCAGUUUAUGGUGAUCAGCAAGCAAGGUAGCUUUCUGUGAUUUAACGGUC